AUGGCCUUGGUAGCAGCUAAUGACGAAACCGACCAAGCUGAUGUGGCUGCAAGUGAUAGUACGAGCUGGCCACCAGCGGCGGCCAACAAACUACUGCUGGUGGCUGGUCGCCGCGGUGACAGCAAGCGGCUCAAGGAGCUGCUGCUGCUGGUGGUGAACGACGGCGACGGCGACGCUGAGGAAAAUGCACCGGAGGCGGCGGCGACAUCAGAGGUGGUCAUCGUGGAGGUCGUCCCUAGCUAG